UGGUAUUUAUUCAUGAAAAACAGCAAGGUUAUAAAUUGUUCGACAUUACACGCAGUGUCAGUUAUCGUGCUUAAGCGAUGAUGGCCGUGUUCAUUAUACUGCUAGUGGUGGGGGUUGGAGUGUCAGCAACGACUCCUAAGAAGCCAAAAGAACGACCCCCGAUCGACCCGAUCGUGCCCAUAGAGUGCGGCCCCAACUCACACUUCGAGCGAUGUUCUAAGAUAUGCCCUCCACAAGAUUGUUCUGCCCUUAUAGACCCACACUGGUUGUGCGAGAAUUCAGGUUACAAAUCCGAAUGUAGAUGCAACGACGGUUUUUAUCGUCAGAACGGAAUAUGCAUUUCUCGGGACGAGUGCAUCGCACAAUGUGGUCCUCUGGAGCGCUACGUCUCCGACAGCGCCGAAUGUCAGAGGACAUGCGCCAACUAUAAGGUCACUGCACCACGCAGCCUGUGCAAGCCCUUCUCGGGGUGCGUCUGUGAAGAAGGGCGGGUGAGGCUGAACGAUAACGCCACUGGUCCCUGUGUGCUUCCAAAAGAUUGCCCGCCUCGGCCAUGUCCGCUCCAUGAACACUGGCAAGAUUGUCCCGGUGUAUGCGCCAACGAAACGUGUAUUUCGAAAAGUCCGACUUACAAAUGCCUGUUGCCAGCUAUUCCACUACCCUGCAAAGGGCGAUGCAUGUGCGACAAGGGAUAUCUAAGGAACCAUUUAGGAGAUUGUGUACUUGAGAAUCAUUGCCCAAUUAAGGAAUGUCCAAAAAAUGAAGUGUGGCGCUGCGCCUCUAUGUGCCCGCGGGAUUCCUGCAAGCGGCUCGAGGCCGGCUUCCAAUGUCCGCCGGGUAUCGUAUCAGUAUGCAUACCCGCCUGCGCCUGCAAAGAUGGAUAUCUGAGAAACGACAAAGGAAUUUGCAUACCAAGGGAAUUAUGUCCGGCAUCUCUUCGUUGCGGUAUAAACGAAGUAGCAGUGGAGUGCCAAGCGUAUCCACCGCAAACGUGCGAGUCUGUGUACACACUGUACAAGCUUAUAGACAACCCGCCCUGCAACCCAGGCUGCGACUGCAGGCCUGGCUACUUGAGAAACAAGCGUAACAUUUGCGUACCGAGCGAUUUUUGUCCAACAGUGCCUUACUGCAAAUGUGGGCCCAACCAAGAGUACAAGGAAUGCGGUUCCAUUUGCGAACCAAGUUGUUCUGAUCUCGAUAACCCAUCGCAAGUCUGUCCUGCCGUAUGCGUCAAAGGUUGCUUCUGCAAAGAAGGAUUCGUUAAAGAUGAACAUGGAAAUUGUGUUUAUCCAAGUCAAUGUCCUCUACCAAUCUGUAACAAACCAAACGAAGUGGCAAAGGAUUGCGGAUCAUAUUGCGAGAUGAGGACUUGUGAAGACUACAAUAGAACUGACAUCGCUUGCCCCGCCGUGUGCGUGCGCGGAUGCUUCUGUCGCGAAGGCUACGUCAGGAACGCGUACGGUGUUUGUAUACACCCGAAAAAAUGUCCGUCUAAGCCAGUGUGCCUUCAAGAGCACGAAGAAUACCAGUCUUGUGGAUCCAGCUGCCCAGACAAUUGUGCCAACUAUAAGAACCCUGACCGCAUUUGCACAAUGCAAUGCGUAGCUGGGUGCAACUGCAAGAAAGGCUACGUCAGAAACCUCAAGAAUGGCACUUGCAUAAAGCCAGAACAAUGUCCUAUUAAAGAAUGCACGGGCGAAAACGAAGAGCUACACUACUGCGCCUCCUACUGCCCCGUUACAUGCGCAAACCGCUACACACAAGGCGACUGGGUUUGCAUCACACUCUGCCGUGUGGCCUGUGACUGCAUCCCUGGCACACUAAGGAACGACACUGGAUCUUGCGUUCCUGUUGAUCAAUGCACACCGCCAAUUUGCAGGGAAAACGAAAAAUAUAUGCAAUGCGGCACCGCAUGUCCUAUAACAUGUGACAAUUAUAAAAAUCCUCCUAAAGUCUGCACUGAUCAGUGUAUCGAGGAUUGUUUCUGCAAAGAAGGUUACGUCAGAAACCGGUUCGGGCGUUGCGUAAAACCGGAAGAUUGUGAACCCACUUGUCCAGCCGGUGAAAAGUGGAACGAAUGCUCAGCCCAUUGUCAAGAUACUUGUGAAAACUACAACUCCUCAAACAGGCUCUGUACUUACCAGUGUCAAUCUGGAUGCGUGUGUGAGACAGGCACCGUCAGAAGAAAGGACGGCAAAUGUGUGCAACCUACCGAAUGUACCGAAAAGAUCAUCUGCCCCAUAGAUGAAGUGUACGAUCCGUGUUCCGCUCAUUGCGAGCCCACCUGCGAGAACCACGGACCGGAUCGCGCCUGUACCGCCAUCUGCAAACCUGGGUGCAAGUGCCGUGAAGGACUCGUCAGACGGAAGGAUGGCAAAUGCGUGAAGUUGAAAGAGUGCCCCGAAAAGAUCAUCUGCCCCAUAGACGAAGUGUACGAUCCGUGUUCCGCUCAUUGCGAGCCCACCUGCGAGAACCACGGACCGGAUCGCGCCUGUACCGCCAUCUGCAAACCUGGGUGCAAGUGUCGUGAAGGACUCGUCAGACGGAAGGAUGGCAAAUGCGUGAAGUUGAAAGAGUGCCGUAAGUACUAUUAUCGUGGAUUAUUAUCCGUUUUUUUUAAACUUCAUCUAACUCUACAAGAAAAGAUCAUCUGCCCCAUAGACGAAGUGUACGAUCCGUGUUCCGCUCAUUGCGAGCCCACCUGCGAGAAUCACGGACCGGAUCGCGCCUGUACCGCCAUCUGUAAACCUGGGUGCAAGUGCCGUGAAGGACUCGUCAGACGGAAGGAUGGCAAAUGCGUGAAGUUGAAAGAGUGCCAGCCCACGUGCCCUUCAUCUGAACACUAUGACGAGUGCAACGCGCACUGCGAAGAGACUUGCGAAUUGCACGGAUCCCAUAUAACUUGCUUGCCCUAUUGCAAUGCUGGUUGCAUGUGCAAUAAGGGACUGGUGCGGAGGAAGGAUGGUCAAUGUGUGAAUUUAGAAGAUUGUUAUGAUCUCUGUCCUGUGAACGAAGUGUACGAUCCAUGCAUUACGCCGAAGUGCCCACCGGGAAAAUCGUGCAUCCAAGUUUGUAGGCCCGGCUGCAGGUGCAAGAACGGGCUAGUGAGAGAUAAGAAAGGAAAAUGUGUCAUUCCCAAGUGCCCAGUUAACGAGCAAUGGGUGACUUGUGUAAUGAGUCUCUGCAUAGCACUGAGGUGCGAUCAGCUCGGCUUUCCUAUCGCCUGUCCGGACAUUAUUGGACCGUGCGACGACGGCGGAUGCGUUUGUGCCAAAAACUACGUAAGGGACAGUAACAACGUCUGCAUUCCAAAGAAAAAUUGCCCAAGUUGCAAUAAUGACUUCAACGCUACAUCUGGAUGUGGUAAUCACUGUGGAAGACAAUGUACAGACUACAAGAACCCUCCUAAAUGUAACCUUCCAGUGCCUUGUGAAUACAAUGGAUGUGACUGCAAAAAAGGAUUUGUAUGGGACAUAGUUACAGGUCGAUGUCUUGAUCCAGUCGAUUGUCCAGUUCCUUGUAAAGGGGACUUAUACGCGGAAAAAGUGAAGUGUCCAAAUCCGUGUCCACCCACAUGCGCAAGGCCGACCACUGCCAUUUGUCCCAGAGCCUGUCUCAAAGAAGGUUGUCAAUGCAGAUCUGGAUUCGUGCUGAAUCCGGAUGGAAAAUGUGUAAGGCCCGAAAACUGUCCAGAUAAACUUGGAUGCAACGGAGAUCCUAAUGCCCAAAUAAGUAGUUGUGUCUCACUAUGUGAACCCACCUGUGGAGAGAAUCCUAUAUUUUGUCCUGCAUUGUGCCGCCUGGGUUGCAAAUGCAAAAGUGGAUUUAUACUUUCUAAGCCCGGUGGUAUAUGCAUAAAACCUGAAAAAUGUGUCAACGCCACUACCACUACUACGGAGGCGCCGUGUAAGACAAGCAGCACAAGAUCAAAGCGCGACACUGGCACAACAACCAAACACGCGCAUGCGACAAGGUCGACGGGUGGACAACAAAACACGAAUUCUUCGUCAAAUCCAUUAAUAUUAUGCCCUAAUGAUGAAAUCUGGAUUGACUGCAAAUCCGGUUAUUGCAAGCCACAAUACUGCCGGGAUAUAGGCAGACUUAUAACUUGCCCGCAAGUUGCCGACCCCUGUCCGGGAGGCUGUAUUUGUAGGAAAGGCCUACUCAGGAGAGAUGGAGAUGGAGUUUGCAUUCCAGAAAAUGAAUGCCCCAUCAAUAAACCGUGUUCUGACCCAAACGCAAUUAGGAAAAAAUGUGCUUCGCAUGAGUCUUGCAGAGCAACAUGCUCUGUGCCAAACUCUAAAAUCUGCCCUAAAAUAUGCAUUAUAAACGGAUGUGAAUGUAAGAAAGAAUACGUUUUAUCAGGGCCAAAGGGAAAAUGCAUCAAAAUACAGGAUUGUCCAAAAGGUAACGUCAGCUGUAAUGGAGACCCCAAUGCGGAGAUAAUGGCGUUCCCCCCGCCAUGUCCGUCAACAUGCAAGAUGCCAAACGGGAUCCCGGGAUGUUUGAUGUUAGGGCAGGACGUAGGAUGCGUAUGCAAACCUGGAUACAUAAAAGACGACAACGAUAAAUGCAUUCUUCCAGAUAACUGCAAAGGCAAGAUGAUAAAAAAAGUAUUUACUUUCUCAUUGACCUCAUUGAACUUCCUAACGUUUCAUAUGCUUUGUCCCGUGUCAGACAGAAGCUGUGGUAAUCCUUGCGGUGAAAAUGCAACUUUCGCUUGGUGUAAAGUAAAUUGCCCAAACAACUACUGCCCAGUGGACGAUAGAAGGGUCAUAAUCGCUUGUGAUCCACCUUACCCGUGCCCUAGUGGCUGUGUUUGUAAAUUGAACCACAGGAGGAAGAGCCAGAAGGAUGACAGAUGUAUUUUAAGUUCAGACUGCCCUCCUGUAAAUUGUACUCGUCCUAACGAAAAAUGGAGUAAAUGUCCAUCAGCCUGCCUCAGUGAAAACUGCGAAGAUGUGAACAACCAACCUACCACGUGUAACACGUUAGUUCUGAAUUGCGAUCCGAGGUGCAUUUGCAAAAAAGGAUGCUUUAGAAACGCAUCGGACAUUUGUGUUCCAGCAAAAGAUUGCCCGAAUAACCAACCGUGCGACGACCCCAAUGCAGAGAGGUUAAAAUGCGCACCGGCACCCGUAUGCCGAUCUACGUGCGCAAGACCUAACGUGUCUCCAUGCAUACUGAGCUGUGCAGUUAACGAAUGUGUCUGCAAGAAAGGCUUUGUUCUAUCAAAGAAGGGUGGAACAUGUAUACCUGUGGAUCAGUGUCCAAAAGAUGUACCUUGCAAUGGAGACAGCAACGCCGUGAUAAUAGCAAAUCCGCCACCAUGCCCGUCGACCUGCGACUCUCCAAACGCCAGUUAUUUGUGCAGGAGGGCCGCGCCGCCUUUUGCUUGCCAAUGCAAAGAUGGCUUAAUUAAAGCCACUUACGAUGGAAAAUGCAUCAAGCCCGAAGAAUGUCCAGGUGGAAAUCCUUGCGGACCAAAUGCAACAUUUGUGCCCUGCAAUGUUCGUUGCUCUAAUGGGUAUUGUCCAGUCGACGAUAAGCCAGUGAUUACUCCUUGCAAACAACCUUACCCCUGUCCAAGCGGCUGUGCUUGCAAAAUUAACUAUAAAAGAAAAAGCAUCAAUGAUGAUAGAUGUAUACUGGCUUCGACCUGCCCUCGCGUAAACUGUACUCGCCCUAAUGAACUAUGGAAUCCCUGUCCCCAAUGUCUCGCAGAAAGUUGUGCAGACGUGAACAAUCAACCUACCACAUGCAAUACGUUGAUCUUGAACUGCCAGCCGCAGUGCGUCUGUAAAAAGGGAUAUUUCAGGAAUAGCACUAUAAGCAUCGGUUUUACCAAAGAUACAUGCAUUCCGGCAAAAGAUUGUCCCCAAAACAAGCCAUGUGAAGAUCCCAAUGCGGAGAGGGUGCAAUGCGCACCGGACCCAUCCUGCCGCUCAACCUGCGCCACGCCCAAUCCAUCGCCUUGCAGAGAGAUUUGCGCGAUUAAUCAAUGUGUCUGCAAAAAAGGCUACGUUUUGUCGAAGAAGGGUGGAAAGUGCAUACCUGUAGAUAAGUGUCCAAAAGAUGUACCCUGCAACGGAGACUGCAACGCCGUUAUAAAGGCCAACCCGAUCCCUUGCCCGUCGACCUGCAGCGCUCCCAACGCUAGCCCUUGGUGCAAGAGGUACGCCCCGCCGGUGGGCUGCGAGUGCAAGCCGGGCUACCUCCUCAAUGAUAAAGACAAGUGUAUUACGCCUGAUCAAUGUCCAGGUGGCAACCCUUGUGGAAAAAACGCAAGUUUUGUACCGUGUUCCUUCGACUGCCCGAGCAAUACAUGCCCAGUAGGCGACAGUAAAGGAGUCGUUGCCUGCAGCCCGCCGCACCCGUGCGCCAGUGGCUGCUCUUGCAAAAAGGGUUAUAAGAGAAAGAGCAGUUCUGAUUACACGUGUAUUUUGGCUUCGGACUGUCAAUUAAUAUUUUACAAUUAUGCCCUUUUUUCAGCUCAAAACUUAGUAUGCCCGCCGAACGAAGUGGUGUCCGAAUGUUACAACAGCUGCCUCAUGACCUGCAAGACCAGGCUCCGGAGCGACGGUAGAGUGUGCCACACGGCCUGCAUCGAGACCGGCUGCGUAUGCAAGGAAGGCUACCUGAGGCACGACAAUGGCACUUGUGUUCCCAUCAGCCAGUGCUCGCCACCUCGCUGCAAUGACAAUGAAACCUACUCGAAGUGCGGCACCGCGUGUCCCCCGACGUGUCAGAACAGAGGCGACAACUGCACUGUCUGCACUAAACAGUGCGUCGAGGAUUGCUUCUGCAACAAGGGCCUCGUGCGCUCCGAUGACGGCUGCUGCAUCAAGCCUAAACACUGCCCUCAAAACAAGCCAUGUGAAGACCCCAAUGCGGAGAGGGUGCAAUGCGCACCAGACCCAUCCUGCCGAUCAACCUGCGCCACGCCCAAUCCAUCGCCUUGCAUAGAGAUUUGCGCGAUUAAUCAAUGUGUCUGCAAAAAAGGCUACGUUUUGUCGAAGAAAGGUGGAAAGUGCAUACCUGUAAAUCAGUGUCCAAAAGAUGUACCCUGCAACGGAGACUGCAACGCCGUUAUAAAGGCCAACCCGAUCCCUUGCCCGUCGACCUGCAGCGCUCCCAACGCUAGCCCUUGGUGCAAGAGGUACGCCCCGCCGGUGGGCUGCGAGUGCAAGCCGGGCUAUCUCCUCAAUGAUAAAGACAAGUGUAUUACACCUGAUCAAUGUCCAGGUGGCAACCCUUGUGGGAAAAACGCAAGUUUUGUACCGUGUUCCGUCAACUGCCCCAGCAACAUCUGCCCAGUAGGCGACAACAAAGGAAUCAUUGCCUGCAGCCCGCCGCACCCGUGUUCCAGCGGCUGCUCUUGCAAAAAGGGUUAUAAGAGAAAGAGCAGUUCUGAUUACACGUGUAUUUUGGCUUCGGACUGUCUUCCACCGAUAAAAUGCAAAAAAAACGAGGUAUACAACCCGUGUAGUAUAAUAUGUCCCCCUCAAACGUGUGACUCCAUCCGCUCCAGUUACAACUGUGAGGGCGCCCCGAAAUGUAAGCCCGGCUGUGACUGCAUCUCCGAGUACUUGAGGAACGGGACGUCCAACGACCCCUGUAUACCUAGCGACCUGUGCCCGACCCCCCAACCAGUAUGCGGGAUCAACGAACAUUAUGAAACAAACAGAAUCAAGUGCGAGCUGACUUGCAAGAACUACCACUUGGAACCAAUAAUGGGUCCUUGUCAGCCAACCAGCGCCUGCUUUUGCGAUGAUGGCUAUGUCAGAAACUCUAAUGGAUUGUGCAUUCUAAAGAAGAAAUGCCCUCAAAACUUAGUAUGCCCGCCGAACGAAGUGGUGUCCGAAUGUUACAACAGCUGCCUCAUGACCUGCAAGACCAGGCUCCGGAGCGACGGUAGAAUGUGCCACUUGGCCUGCAUCGAGACCGGCUGCGUAUGCAAGGAAGGCUACCUGAGGCACGACAAUGGCACUUGUGUUCCCAUCAGCCAGUGCUCGCCACCUCGCUGCAAUGACAAUGAAACCUACUCGAAAUGCGGCACCGCGUGUCCCCCGACGUGUCAGAACAGAGGCGACAACUGCACUGUCUGCACUAAACAGUGCGUCGAGGAUUGCUUCUGCAACAAGGGCCUCGUGCGCUCUGAUGAUGGCGGCUGCAUCAAGCCUAAACACUGCCCACCUCGCAUCUGCAGUGGUCUUAACGAAGCACUCGACCCAUGCCCCCCCACGUGUCCUCCUACGGAUGGCUGCGAGAAUAUGUGGUCGAAGUUUAACUGCACCAACGCUAUCAAGUGCUGCAAGCCUCAGUGUCGUUGCAAGUCUGGCUACCUAAGAAAGAAUAAAGUCUGCGUCCCUACUGAACAAUGUUUGAACUAA